AUGUCGUCGUUACUGCCGUUCCGCAUGAGUCUGGACAGCUUCCGGUCGCCUGCAGACAAAAAGAGCUACCGCCUCGUCACUACGUCCAAUGGAAUGGAGGUUCUGCUCAUCCGGAGCGACGCUAGGCCAGACUUUCAAGGAACUGCCAAUUGCAAUGACGUAAAUGAAGACGAGACCAACGACCGUGUUCAACCAAUGGCAGCGGCGUGUUUGACUGUGGGUGUAGGUAGUCUGGCCGAUCCGGAAAAAUUACCAGGUCUGGCGCACUAUUUGGAGCAUAUGAUGUUCAUGGGCAGUGAGAAUUACCCCGAUGAGGACGCAUUUGAAAGCUUCCUAAGUGCACACGGAGGAUCUAGCAACGGAGCUACAGAAUGCGAGUCUACGAGGUUUGUGUUCGAUGUGGAUGCCGCAUACUUGGCACCUGCACUUGAUAUGUUUGGGAGUCUGUUUGUGGCCCCGUUAUUGCGAUGUGAAGCGAUGGAACGCGAGCUGAAAGCGGUCGAGUCCGAGUUUCAGCGAGUGCGCAACAACAAUCCUGUCCGUCUACAGCAAGUUAUGUGCGAAACAAGCAUAGCAAAGCACCCAUAUUCGCGUUGCUUCACGUGGGGCAAUGAGGAAAGCUUGAAACGCCACCCAGAGCGUGAUGGAAUUGCUGUUCGUGAGCAAAUGUUGCAGUUUUUUAAGAAGUUCUACGUGGGGCCAGCUAUGAAAUUAUGUGUCUAUGGAUGUGAAUCACUAGAUGUACUGGAGCAGUACGUGACUCAGAGUUUCAACGGUAUCCCUCUCUAUCGAAGCAAUUACGAUGUACCAAGGCCUGAGACGCUCAUGGUACCUUAUGGAGGUGGAGCAGGCCAGAAGCCCACGGUCUUACGAGUCAUUCCUGUAGGUGAGAAACUCUCUCUGCGACUGUAUUGGAUGCUUCCACCAAUGAUGAAGAACUACCGGCAAAAGCCUUGGCUAUACGUGGGUCGCUUGUUAGGCCACGAAGGUCCAGAAUCUACAGCAUCCAUUCUCAAGCGAAGGCAAUGGGCUACUGAUGUCAUCGCUGGUACUUCUGAUCGAGACGGCUACGAGUUUGGAUCCUUUGGCUCGGUUUUUGAGGUCCGAGUGUCUCUCACUGAGCGGGGUCUGGCUAGUUGGCAACAGGUUGCUCAAGUCAUUUUCGAUGCUCUUCGUAUCUUCUCAGUCAUGGCAACAACCGGCGAUUUACCUGCAUGGGUGUUUGAUGAACUUCGCUCAUCUAGCGAGAUGGAUUUUCGUUUCCAAGAAGAAGAUAACGCGCCCGUGGAUCUAUGUCGCGAACUGAGCGAGAGAAUGCUACCUCGCCACACUAUUCAACGGAAUUGCAAGGGAGAUUUACUACGUUAUGAUCUCAUCCAGGGUAUAUUCGAUGCCUCAUCUGUAUGCGCUUUGCUCUCUAGUCUUUCCGCUGACAAUGUUCGCAUCGUCUUGAUGGCGUCUUCAUUUACCGAUACUAUCAAGUUUGAGAAACUUCGGACUGAACGGUGGUUUGGCACCAAAUACACUGUAGAUCCAAUUCCUGACACAGUAAUUACAGCGUGGUCCCGGCUCUCGGAAGAAUCGAUAGAGCUAUCACCACUACCAACGCCAAAUCCUUUCAUGCCCCGGGAUAUCUCACUUUUACCUUGGGAACCGCUCGUUCAAGCUGAUAGUGGAGCUCCUCCAGACCUCAUCCUUACAACUUCGACAAUACAGCUAUGGUACAAGCGUGACCGCACCUUUUUGGUGCCCAAAGCGAGCGUCAGCUUCCUCAUGACGCUGCCAGAGCCAACAGCAGUAACUCAUAUGCUCGCAGAAUUGCAUGUUGAACUGGUGCGUCGUCGUUUGCAGCACACAUUAGAGCACGCAGAAACUGCGAAUUUCACCACCGAAUUGGGUGUCCGAGACCAAGCUAUUGAGGUUGUGAUCUCCGGGUUCAGCGAUACGUUACCAGAGCUCAUUCUUGUUAUCAUGCGGGAGAUUUUGUGUCCGUCAACGACACUUGAAAUUGCAUCGGAAUUAACAUUAGCGCGAGACGAACUCGAACGUGAGUACCGCAAUUCUACUCUGUCUCCAAGAGCAAAAGCCUACGAGUUACGACUGCAGAUGCUUGAAAGCAGCGCCGUCACCACAGACGACAAGUUGGAGGCACUUCAAAGCAGAUACAGGCGUGAGAACGAACUCGCAGACGAUCUCGCAGACUUUACGACCACCGCCCUGGGAUGCACCGACACACCGAUGCUGCGGUGCCUGGUGAUCGGGAAUUUGAGUCGAGAAGCUUCUAUUUCUCUUGCGCGAGACGUCGAAGCGGUCAAAGUAGGCGAAUCUACUUACGAGCCAGAGCCAGAACUUGAACCGGAGCCUCCUAUAUUAGCCCCAAGAUGUCACACAAUCGCGCUACCACCGACAACUAAUGGACUUCUCGUACGGCGUAAAAGUGAACGUGCUGGAGAGCGGAAUUCCGUGGUGGAAGUGUAUUUCCAGAUCGGCAAAGUAGGGCCGACAGAUCGAGCGUAUGCCGUCUUGUUGCGUGCUCUACUGGCUCAACCACUCUUUCAUGAAUUGCGAACUAAGCAGCAACUAGGCUAUACAGUGACGUGCAGUAUUCGAGACACCCACGACGUACUCGGUCUGAGUGUGGCCGUGCAAUCAGCCUCCCAUGCUGCCGGUGCCGUGGCGAAGAAACUCGAUCUCUUCUUACAUGAAGAAUUUCCGCACGAAUUUCUGCUCUUAGAUAAGUGUAUUUCGCCCAAACGUUUUGCAGCCCACGUACAAACUUUGCAGCGAGCGUAUGCUCGUCCUGACUUAACGCUAACAGAGGAAGGUGAAAGGUAUUGGGAAGAGAUCGUUAGUGGACGUCUGGAGUUUGACUUGGAUGCGCGUGUAACAGCUGCUCUUAGAAACUGUACGCGUCAAGGUCUGCUGGAAAGGUACCGAUGCUGGGUACAGGGAAGCACUAGCUGCUGCACCACUUGCACUCAAUAUCAUCGUAAAGACCACUAUGAACCCAGCAAAAGUCGUGGAGCUCGGAAACUUCGAGUGCAUGUUGUGGGCCAAGGCAGUCCGUUAAAGCCACUCGAGCAGCUCGUUCCUCCUGAUAAGACCCUAGUGAUCAUAACAGGUGACCUAGUCGAUUUUAAACGCGAGCUGCGGUGCCAUUGCCACGUUGAUGAGUGA